AAAGCAUGGGUAAUAUUCAAGCAAGUGUUGCUUUGUUGCGAUCAGCUCCAAGUCCCAAACUCCUGAGGCAACAAAGAGCAUACUCACCGACGAAAAGAGGAUUGAUUAGGAAAAGAUUGAUAAAUGCGAAUGUGAUUUAAUUACGCUUCAAAAAUCGCUGAGUUCGCUUGUCGAUUGAAUUUAGGUUUUCGAUUCUCGGUGUGGUUUUGAGUUGUCUGCAGUGUUUUAAAGCUUUGAUUUGGGUUGUCAAUGGAGACUACUUUGACUGUUCACAAGAUUCCUAGUGAGUCAUUUUCCAAGGGACACAAAAGGAUAAAACUAUCUGACGAUGGUGUUAAAUGUGGUAGCGUUAUUGAUUAUUCUGAUCCUUUUGCCAUAUCUAGCUUCAUAGAUAAGUUGGAUUCUGGUAAAUAUGGCAGUGUUACAAGUGACAUUGAAGCUCUCAUUUCUCGGAGGCUUCAAGUGCUCGGCCCUUAUUUGAAGAAGUAUCCUAUGCUUUCAACUAUCUUAUUUGAUGGGAAAGAGAAGCUCAGUGAAGAUGCUUCAAGGCCGCAAGAAAAUGUUAUUGAUUUGGAGGAUGAGAGUGUUACAAACAAUCCUCCAACAACCCCAAGACCUGUUGUGAUUUUGGAUUCAGAUGAUGAAGAUGAUGGAGAUCGUAGGUCGAUUUAUCCCUUCCAGGAGGUUGUCUUGCCAAGGUCCACCGGGCAAUUAAUUGCAGACCCACCAAUUCGGACCUAUGCUGAGAGAAAAAAUCAUGAAAAGUUAGUGAGUUUGGCUGGUGAAACCAAGAUGACAGAUAAAGGUGUUUUUGUUGGUGCAGAGGAGUUUGAUGAUAAUGAUCUAUCCAAAAGAGAAGAUGAUGGUCUUGGAGAUAUUUGGAAUGAAAUGUCACUGGCAUUGGAAUGUUCUAAGGAUGUUGCUGAAUAUUCGUCAUCUGAUGAAUACAUGCAAGAAGAUGAAGAAUAUUGUGAUCACUCUUUUGUUUUGAAGGAUGAUCUUGGUUAUGUUUGUCGCAUUUGUGGGGUUAUUGAGAGAGGAAUUGAGACCAUAAUUGAGGUUCAGUUUAACAAAAAAAAGAGUACACGAACAUAUGCAUCAGAGUCUCGGAAUGCCAAGGACAGAGAUUCAAAUGAGAUGGUUGGAAUUGAAUUAUCUGAGGAAGAUUUGAUGGUGACUGACAUCUCUGCUCAUCCAAGGCACAUGAAGCAAAUGAAACCUCAUCAGGUGGAAGGUUUCAAUUUCCUUCGAAGUAACCUUGUGGUUGAUAAUCCUGGGGGCUGCAUCAUGGCCCAUGCUCCUGGAUCUGGAAAGACAUUCAUGAUCAUCAGUUUCAUGCAAAGUUUCCUAGCCAAAUAUCCACAUGCUAGACCACUAGUGGUGCUUCCAAAAGGAAUUUUAGCCACAUGGAAAAAGGAGUUUCAGACAUGGCAAGUUGAGGAUAUUCCACUGCAUGACUUUUAUAGUGUGAAAGCAGACAGUCGUAUGCAGCAACUGGAAGUCUUGAAACAGUGGGUGGAGCAUAAGAGUAUCCUUUUCUUAGGGUACAAACAAUUCUCCUCUAUUGUUUGUGAUGAUGUAAACAAUAAGGUUGCAGCUAGUUGUCAAGAAAUAUUGCUCAAGCGACCUACAAUUCUGAUUUUGGAUGAAGGUCACACUCCUAGGAAUGAGAAUACUGACGUUCUGCAGUCACUUGCUAAGGUGCAGACACCUCGGAAGGUGGUGCUUUCUGGCACCCUUUACCAAAAUCAUGUCAAGGAGGUAUUCAAUAUAUUGAAUCUCGUUCGUCCAAAGUUUCUGAGAUUGGAUACUUCCCGGGCCAUUGUUAAGCGUAUUAUGAGCAAGGUACAGUUCCAUGGGGUGAAGAAGCAUCUCAAAACUGGGGAAACAGUUUUCUUUGACUUGGUUGAGCACUCAUUGCAGAAAGAUCAAGAUUUUAGAAGGAAAGUGAGUAUCAUACAGGAUCUUAGAGAGAUGACCAGUAAGGUCCUUCAUUAUUACAAAGGAGAUUUCUUGGAUGAGCUCCCUGGUCUUGUUGAUUUCACCGUAGUGGUCAAGCUUAGUUCUAGACAAAAGCAAGAAGUUGAGAAAUUGAAGAAGAAGUGGGCUAGGAAAUUCAAGAGAAGUUCUGUUGGGAGUGCUGUUUAUAUGCACCCAAAUUUGUACAAUAUCUCUGAAAAUUCUGACUUGACUGAUGAUAAAAUGGAUGGGUUUUUGGAGGAAUUAAAUGUGAGAGACGGAGCAAAAUCAAAAUUCUUUCUUAAUAUGUUGAACUUAUGUGACUCAGCUGGGGAAAAGCUGUUGGUUUUCAGUCAGUAUCUGACACCAUUAAAAUUUUUGGAGAGACUGACAGUGAAAGUGAAGGGUUGGUUGCUGGGAAGAGAAAUUUUUGUGAUCUCCGGUGAAUCAAGUUCUGAUCACCGGGAGUGGUCUAUGGAACGAUUUAACAAUUCAACCGAAGCAAAAGUGUUCUUUGGAUCUAUUAAGGCAUGUGGAGAGGGAAUUUCUUUGGUUGGGGCAUCCCGCGUUCUUAUUUUGGAUGUUCAUCUGAAUCCUUCAGUUACUCGGCAAGCUAUAGGGCGUGCAUUCCGUCCAGGCCAAAAGAAGAAAGUCUAUGCUUAUAGAUUGGUUGCUGCCGAUUCACCUGAAGAGGAAGAUCAUAGUGCUUGUUUCAGGAAGGAAGCUAUUGCAAAAAUGUGGUUUGAAUGGAAUGAGUACUGUGGUUAUCAGGAUUUUGAGGUGGAGACUGUUGACCUGAAAGAGUGCGGUGAUCCCUUCUUGGAAAGCCCGCUAUUGGGUGAAGAUGUGAGGGAACUGUACAAAAGAUAAAAACUGCAAUGUGAUGAGUUGCACGCUGGGGACAUAAGAGAGGAAUGAAAUGUUGAGUUUGGGCUAACAGUCAAACUAUAGAAGAACAGUGAAGAGAUAAAUUUUAGAAAUUUUUUGUUUUUGUUUUUGUUUUCUAAACGUCAAAUAUUUGUAGGAUCAAUAAUAUUUUGUUAAAUUCUGUAAAGUUCAAAUUUAAUUAUUCUUCUUGGGAGCCAAUUGGAAAGAAAGAAUGUACACUGAA